UAAGCGUAAUCAUCGUUAUAGUCGGCGCACAAAGACGCAAAGCGCAUGUUUCUAUUAUGAUGAUUGGUGCUUUUGCUCUUCGUCGCUUCGUCUCUCGUCGAGACGUCGUCGUAGCGGCGUAGAUAAAGCACGUAGCCGAUCGGUGACUGGGUAUAUAACAGCGCCGUUCACCUAGAUCAUGUUCAUUCGAAUUCAGAACUCAGUGGUGACUUGUUCGUGGUAGUUCUUCGUGGCGUUUUUUUGACCCGGACAAAUUUUUACGUUAUUUACGCGUUUGUUUUGAUUUGUUCGUGCGCCAUUGUUUAUAAUGGAAAUGGAAGACUUUUUAUCCGAUGUUUCGGUCUUGGAUCUAUUCCCAGACGAAAAUGAAAACACAUCGAACAACAACUAUUACAUCGAUCUCAACGAUGCCAAUAAUAAAGAAAAUCUAAACGAACAGUUGCGGCAGCAGCAUCAGAUUGUUUCCGUAAAAUACCAUAAUUCGCUCGAUUGCAGAGAUUACUACAAUACUUUUUCUGCGUCCGACAUAUUUGAUGGAUCAACAACACCAAUUGCGGCACUCACAGAAGUUAGCCGUAUGGAUCUCAAUGCUUCGUCGACACCGGUGUUAAACCAUCAGUCAUCGCCAUAUCAAAAUCAACAACAGGUACAACAGAAUCAACAAUAUUUAUAUCAACAACAGCAACAAGUAAAAUCACCAGCACCACUGUCAUCGUUAUCAGUAUUACAACAGUCUGCAGCGAUACGGCAGUUAACAACACCACAGUAUUUAGUUCCGCAUUUUUCACCUUUAGUAUUACAGGAGCGACAAUCACAUACGCCAUUACCACCCGUACCACAACUGCCAAUACAAUUGCCGAUAUUAUCACCGACUGUUGUUGUCGAUAGCGUUGGGGCCAAUGUCGAAGUGGGCACGACAUCAACGACUGGCGGCUCUUGUACUCCUGAUUUUCAACAGCAGCCAACAUCACCGCCGUCAUCACAACGAUCACUGACUUCUGAAUCUGUAAGUAAUAAAAGAAGCCACGAAAUAGCGAAUGAUGGUCAGAACAAUAACGACUCGUGUAGUAAAAAACAAAAAUUAGACGAUUGCGGUGAGAAUAAUACGAGAAUAUACGAGGACGACGAGGAAGAAGAAAAACUUGAAGAACCCAACGACAAAUAUGAUGACGAUGAUGAUGAAUUCGUCCCUACUGAAAAGGAGAUCAUUCAAGCUAAAAAGGAGGAAGAAUCCACCAUCGUAUCGAUCCCACCCGACACCGAACAACUGGACAUUUAUCCGUUAGAGACAAAAUCAAAGUACGUUAUUAAAUAUUCACAGCGUAUGAAUAAGUUAUUAUCAAAUACCUAUGACAUAUCUAUCAGCCUCACGCGUAAAAUACUCUCGCGCAAUGAACCGACUGAAUUCGAGUUGAAUUACAUGAAUACCAUAAAAUACACAAUACCCAGAGAAAAAUGUGCCUUCGCGUUUAUAAACCCGUCAUGUACUAUCGCGGAUACGGGUAUAAACGAUGACGACACAUAUAAAGUGAUUUCUCAAAAGUUGAUUGACAACAUGCAAUUAGAACAGCCAAUUCAUCGCGAAUUGGAUAAAUACGAUUUAAUGCUUAGCACUUAUAAAAACGGAGACGACACCGUUGCUUUAAAAUCGGGUUCUGCUAGUUUUUUAAAACAUUCGGAAAAUAACGUGGUAUGGUUUGACAGCUACUCGGAAUCGUUUACCGAGGUAAAAUCCGUGUAUGAAGCUUGUUAUAGUGAGAACAAUUCGGAAAAUAUGAUGAUUCAAGAUGUGUUUACCUACGUCCAGGAGAAUUAUUCGAAAAACAAUAACGUGAUUCGUGAAAAAACUGAAAAUAUAGCGAUAUCUAAGAACUUGGUGCGCAUAUAUCGAUCCGCUCUUUUAAAUGAUGUCAUUCUCGGUAUAGUGAAGAAUGUUAAGUUUGCUCGCAACAGCGCCACAAACAGUUGCGGUGAUUUUACCACUUUCAGAUAUGAUUGCGAAUAUAUUAGAUGCGAACAGUUUAUAACUUUGGAGUCUUUCUUAUAUUUUUUACUUAGAUAUCGCGAUCCUAAAGCGCAAUUUGAUAUUUACGAGGGAGAAUGGGUGUUUAUAUUGCGUUCCUAUUGGGACAUAUGCACUCAAGAUUUAAAAAAUUACAAUGAAAACAAAAACAGACGUGAAGAAAAGUCUAUCCUGGGAUAUGUCAUGCGCAAAAUAUACUCAUCUAUAAUGAGAGAAAAUAUGAGUACUGAAAAAUACUUUCGACUCUUGGUGGCGAGUAACGCUAUACGAAAGUUAAAAUGCCGAGACAAGACGACUGUACCAUUAGAAUUUUUAGAAUAUAUUAAACAUUAUAUAUCCUUAUUGAGUAAUAAUAUAAGUUCUAAAUUACAAAUGAUGUGGUCGUCUACAUUUAAGAAGAUGGGAAUUCAUCAUGCAAAUUUUGUACACACUUUUGUCGAAGUGAUGAAACGACGUAAAUUUAUGUUGGCGUUUGCUCUGCGAUGCGUAUAUCAAAAACCAUUGCCGAUCGUCCCAGAAAAGACUGUGAAUCUCGAUCAAUAUAUAAAAUUUUGGUCGUUCCGCAAUGACAUGAAUCACGUCAAAGUGUUGAAAAAUAAAAAUAUCAGUGUUCCCGAAAAACUCAUUAGUCGUUUUCGUGCGAUCAACAAUGGUUGCGGUAUAGACAAGACGCAAAUUAAUUAUAUUUUGAAUUCCAUAUUUGAUAACGAGGCUGACAUAUCUGAUCGACUACAAUGUGAAUUUGAAAACUUCUAUCAUUUUUUUGUGGAAAUGUUUGCAGAGUAUAUUUACAAUAUCAAAGCCUCCGAAAAGAUUAGCGAUCACUUGUCGAUCGAGUUUUUUAACGGUAAGAUGAGUCCAAUUAAAAAGAUAUUUUUACAUGUUAAUUGCGUGACUUGUAUAUACGUUACAUUCACGAUGAGCGCGCUCAUUACGGACAACAUCAAGCGAUGCCUCAAAGAACUAUCGCCCAAUGGACACUAUGAAAAUUUAAAGUUUUCCAAAUCGGUCGUGAGUAAGUUUUUCGCCAUGAUCAAUGAAAAUUUGACUUACGCUUUAUACCCAGUACUCGUACAGUAUGGGAAAAAUCAUGUAGAUAAGUUUUCCAUGAACGCCAUGUUGAUAAAUUGUUUUGAUAGUUAUCGCGAUACUGUUAUAAAUUGUUUCGGUAUCGGUAAUAUUCGGUUUGGCUGGUACGUCGAAUCAAUGUCCAAUCUGGAUAUUGAUUAUUCACCAAAAGUUAUAAAUGCGUUUACAGAUGCGGAAAAUUUGUGGAGUUUUGUAAACGCUUUAUCAGUAAUAGACUAUGAUGAUGUGGCCUAUACAAAAGAAGACAGAAACAUCAUGGACGUGGACGAAGAAUUAGAAGAAAGCGACGAUCAGCGAAAACUAUUGAACGAUCGUGUGGACACUUUACUUCCAAUUUUGACGAAAACCGGUGAAAAUAAUUCUUUUAAACAAGAAAUAACGGCGUGCACCGGAGUGUUGGAUGUUUUCAGUGAUGAUGACAGCGUAUACAGUUAUGAAGAGUCGAUAUUCUGCAGUGAUGAUUACGAGUCGGAUGUUUGCAUCAAAACGAACGAAGAGUCCGAAAUCGAUCCGAGUAGCAACAGCAGCGAUGACGAAGACUGUGACGACGGAUGUUCUAGCGAUAGAUUUGACGAGAGAAUACGCAAAGCAAAGUUGAAGAAAACGAGAAAAUUAUUUAUUGAUAAUUUAAAAGAAAAUGGCAUGUUAGUGGAUUCUUUAAUAACAUCUGUAAAUCCCAAUGUACCAAAUGACUAUAGUGAUGAUGAUGAUGUCAACACUAAUCAAGAAAUUAUUAUUUACCAAACGGAAAAUAAGAAGAGGAAAUUGAAAAAGAAGAAAACGCCAGUCGCGAAAAAAAUAGAUCCCAUUAGCGAUGUCGAUUUGUUGAAAAAGCCCAAGAGCGGUAGCUGCAGUGACGCUAGCAGCAGCAGAAGCAGUAGCAGUGAUGACGACAACGACAACACCAUAGCCGGUUGCAAGAAAAAAGAUUCUGGUUGUAGUAGCGGUGAUCACAGUAGCGAUGAUGAUAGUAACAGCAGCAGCAGCAAUAGUAAUAGCAGUGAUAGUGAUGCCGAUGAUAAAACUACUACAAAGUCACCGUCGAUUUUACCAUCGGCAUCGACGAAGAUAUCAAAAACACCAAGCAUCAGCAAGCUCAAGAAGACGACGACGCCGGCGACUACAACAUCGUCAAAGACUCCAAAGAUAAAAUCAAUCGUAAAGUUAAAUAUACCUCUACAGAGAUUUAUUCGACCACCCAAUAAACCAUUAUUAUUUAUUAAUGGUAAACGUAUGGCGGGUAAGACUCUGUCCGACGACGACGAUGAUAAUGAUGACAACGACGGUGUUUUAAACAAUUUGACUUAUAACGAUGAAGUGCCGCAAAAUACCGAUACUGCUGAUCGAUCCACUGUACAAUUACCUAAACCAAAACCUAAAAAAUCAACGGUAGAGACAUCGCCAACAACUGCGGUGACGACGGAGAUGGCGCCGGUGAAACAAAAGAUGAAAUAUGUAAGGAAAAGUGUUGCUGGUGGCACUAUAUGUCGUAGGAAAGAAUAUCAUCAUUACCCCGAUGUGAUAUACCCGUCAACAUUAAACAAAGCUGGUUGUCGUGUUUUAAAGGAUAAUUACGAUUAUAGAACGAUGAGAGUAGACGAGUGUAUCAAAAAGUAUUUACCGGAAUUAAAAAAGUUUUACGAUAGACAAAUAUUAACGGAUAAAAAUAAUAAAUAUUUCAAUACCAAGGCUUACCCGGAGAGCUACGGUCUGAUACUCAUGCCAAAUGAUUAUUUUAAAAAUUACGACAAAGAUCCGGAAAACUUUAAAGACAAAUAUUACACUUCUUAUAACGACGAAGACGGUAUUAAAAAGCGACUAUUUAUGAUACAAUUAAAGACUGCCAUUGAAAAUGGUAAGGCGUCCAAGAAUUGCGUUUUGUGUCAUACAGAAAACAGAACAAGUUUUAAUAUGAUUGUUACAAGAGAAUGCGUUAUUACUGCGUGUUUUUAUUGCGUGCAUUUUAUAAAUUUACACAUUAUACAUAAUAUUAAAACUUAUGAAGAUGUUAGAAGACAAUUGUACACCAGAGUUGAGAAAAGAUAUGGUCGCAUUCAUCCGGGCGUGGCGAAAAAUUAUCCUCUGAUGUUUGACGAACAUUAUAAUUAUAUAGAAAACAUGCCUAAACGCACCGUCGCUACUCAGAUUAAUAUGCGUACUUAUAACAAGCGUAAGAAAAAUUACAGGAUUAACUUGAAAAAAGAAGAAGCCAUACGUCUUCUCGAUGUGGAGUUGUGAAUUGUUCCUUAUUAUGUGUGUAUUAUUCUCUUAUGAUUUUUCCUAUUUAUACAUUCCAAUUUUGUGCUCAAUCAUUAUUUUUUAUGCUCAAUUAUAUUGUAUUCUUAUAUAAACUACUUGUUAAACUACUUAUGUUAUUAUGUUCGAUUUAAUUAUAAAUAUAUCUAUGUUAUUAUACCCUUAUUAUAUCCAUUUUUAA